CCUGCAAAUGCUAUUGAAGUUAGAAUCGUGUAUAACAAUGUCGUAUGUAACUUUAGAGACGGUCCCUUAAUUUCCGCAUAUCUGUGAAUAUUGAACGUCCAACGUCACGCCAACUUUAUGCCAGUUAUGUAUCUGUAUAGACAGUGGUGUUCAUUAAAAUAUCUUUUUUUGUUUUUUGUUUUUUUUCAUGGUUUAACAAUACUUUAAAUUUGAAAUCUUGAAAGUUUCCAUACCGGAUACGUUUGAGUGUAACAUCCGCUGUGAACACUACGGGAAUAUUGUGGGACGUUAUUAUGGAGGGCUCUGUGUCCAAUUUAGAGAUCUGUAAUUUGGCCUACACGGGCAAAAUUGAGCAACUGAAAAAAUGUAUUUUGUCUGACAGAAGUCUGGCAGCGAGAACAGAUCAGGACCACAGGACUGCUUUGCACUGGGCAUGUUCAGCUGGACAUGCACAUAUCGUACAGUUUCUUUUGGAUCUUGGUGUUGAGGUGGAUAUUAAGGAUGAUGCGUCUUGGACUCCUCUGCAUAUUGCAGCUUCUGCAGGAAGAGAGGAGAUUGUUAAAUCUCUGAUAGGCAGAGGAGCACAACUCAAUUCAGUCAACCAAAAUGGCUGCACCCCAUUACAUUAUGCAGCAUCAAAGGAUAAAUAUGAGAUAGCCGUGCUUUUGCUGGAAAAUGGUGCUGACCCUAAUGCCACAGAUAAACUAGAAUCCACACCCCUACACCGAGCCUCAGCAAAGGGGAACUAUCGUCUCAUCCAACUUCUCUUAAAACAGAGUGCUUCUACUAAUAUUCAGGACUCUGAGGGCAACACACCUCUCCAUCUUGCAUGUGAUGAGGAGCGAGUAGAGGCUGCAAAGCUCUUAGUCGAACAUGGUGCCAGCAUUUACAUUGAGAAUAAGGAUGAAAAGACACCUUUACAGAUUGCCAAAGGUGGACUUGGUAAUAUUCUCCGGAGGAUUGUAGAAGGCUGAAGUGAUUAUGAGAAGGUUUGUGCGUCAGCUGCUUCAGGCUGGUCGGCUCUACAGAUGCGAGGAGCUUCUGUCCCAGAGGAUGGUGGACAGUGAACAAAAAGUGUUCAUGAAUUUAAAAUAAAACAAAAAACUAGAGCCUGGCCUUGAUUGUAUGUGGGAGUGAAGUUUGAAAAGUACAUGGUCGAUGUUUUUGAAAGAUUUUCCUCUUUUUUUUGUAUUUGUGGUUUAAUAAAAUUUGCGCUUCUCUUCAACAUUUAACACA